AUGCAGGACUUAACCGGAUCUACGAGGACAUUAGAUCACAUAUUUGAGUAUCACGAAAUUCAUGUAAAAGACAAUGAAGGACGAAGUGUAAUAUUAGCAUUUGUUCUCAAUGCAAUAAUAGGAGCAUACUUGCUGUGGUUGUUAGUUGGAAGGACGAAGCUGUGCUUAGAUUUCAGUUGCACCUUUUAUGGAAUUCACCUCAUUGUGUGCUGGUUCUACAAUGGAGCGUUCCCCACAACAUUUUCCUGGUGGGCAUUGAAUAUUGCAUGUGCAGCGAUUACCUGUGUGGCUGGCGAGUUUCUGUGUUUACGGACUGAGUUGCAAGCUAUACCACUAAGUAAUAUUGGUGCUAAAGUUGACUUAUGA